AUGGUGGACAUGGACCUGGACGACCUCGACGGUCUUACCCAGGCUCCAAAAAGAACCACCAGAUUCGCCCCCAAAAACUCUAAAUUCAAUCCCAAACCCAAAACAGAACCGGCGUUAUCCGAACCAGUUCCACCACACUCGGAGAAAUUCGAUUCCAUUUCUUUGAUAAAGAAAGAGGAACUAGAUUCCAAACCAUCUUCAGUUGAUUCCACCACCGCCAAGGCUGAUUAUGAAGCCUUCCCGCCCUCCUCUUCCUCCUCCGCCGCAAACGGCGUGGUUGAAAUGGAUGUCGAAGCCAAGACUGAAGGGAAAGAACAGCCGAUAAAUAAUGAUCCCAUGGAGGUCGAAAGUGGUGAAGAUGAAGUUGUUCGAGAAAUUGAUUUAUAUGUUCUGCAAUAUCCACUGAGGCCGAUGUGGCGUCCUUACGAGUUGGACGAACGAUGCGAAGAGGUUAGGGUGAAACCUGCAAGUGCAGAAGUUGAGGUUGAUUUGGAAGUUGAUGUUGAUUCCAAAAAUUAUGAUCCUGACGCUGAUCGAAGACUGAGGAUGUCUAAGCAGACGUUGUCAUCUUCAUGGAAGCCACCUCACACAACUGGUCGCUAUGCUGUUGGGGUUCUCGUGGGCAACAAG